AUGAGCGAUGCGACUAAGAUCGGAGACGAGCAGAAUAAGAAGACGACGACGAAGACGAUGAUGACGAAGGUGACAGCGCAGCAGCAACAGCAGCAGCCGAGGCAGCCAACUACAGCAAAAACUGGCUCAUCUUCUUCUCUUUCGUUUUCAUCUUCUUCUUCUUCAUCUCUUUCAUUCCAUUGCGCGGGCGUCUCCGAUAUAGAAAACCAGAUGAGCGCGAUUUUCCUGUUUGUCUCAAAUUAUCGAAGCCACGCUUCGAAUAGUCGUCAUUUUUCAUCGGCGCCCUACGGUUGCAGUUUCGCAGUAACAAUGGCAAUAGCUCUUGUGGCAGAAAAAAAACAGAAUCGAGAUCCGGCGACUCACAAAACCAGUUCCUCGUGCGGUGCACCACCGCCGUCAUCAUCAUCAUCGUCAACGCCGUUGCCGCCGCCAUCGUAA